AUGUGUCAAAAAAUGCCGAUACCACAAGCACAAUUACGAGACACAAAAGUCCUUUCACAUGCCUGUACAUUACCAGACCCAUAUUACUUGGGAAAUCUAUCCUACAGUGAAUGGCUGAAGGCAAAAUGGCUCGAUUUGGUGUGCAUAUCUGUCGAAAGUCCUCUCUCAAGGAACUACUUCAAAAGCAAUGAGGAAAUUAAAACCGAAAGGAAGAAACAGAUGAGUUCGAAUCAACCAUAUUACAUUCAUCCUUUAAGUAAAUUCAGGGCAGUAUAUGAGAUUUACUUGGCAUUUUUUAUUGCAAUCAUGAUAUUUUCCAAAUUGGCCGAGCACGGAUUUACAAGACUGCAACUGGAAUUCUUUCCACACCAUAGAGAAGUUUCUGUAUUUCUUGAUCUACUGUGCUUUUUGGACAUAUGUAUUAAUUUCUUUACUGGUUAUAUCGACGACCGAAACGAUGAUAUGGUGAUGGAUCCAAAGAAAAUCGCCAAACAUUACAUACUUGGACCUUUUUUUAUAUGCGAUCUUCUCUCUGCGACUCCAAGGCAGAUAUGGUAUCUAAUAAUGAGCGAGGAGCAAAUACUUUCUGAUCAAAUGCUUUAUUUUCUGGGCGUUUUAAAUAUAUUGUGCUGUUUUCGAUUAAUAAGGCUGAUCACCCUCAUUCAGAUAAUCUACCGCAUUGAGGAGUAUUUUCAGAUGAACAUGAAGAAUGUACUAUUUCCAUUUUGCUCUUUAAUAAUAAUGCUACUGUUGCUGCAUUUCUUUACCUGCAUGCAGUAUGGAGUGUCUAGGACAGUUAGAAUAUACUUCGUGCCUAGGAAAGAGAGAAAAUUUGAUAGUUGGAUAUACACUAAUGACUUGUACUACCAGAAUUUUCACAAACGAUACCUCCAUGCAUUUUUCAAAAGCUCGGCAUACCUAUUAGGAAUAAAAGUGAAAUUAUAUGAGCAUAAGUUGCCGGAAGAGUAUGCUCUGGCAAUUACAACAUACACAACAGGAAAAGUACUGCUGGGCAUCGUCUGGGUGAUGCUCUCUGUAUCUAUCUUGAGUGCAAAGAAGUUGGAGAUAAAGUAUCAAGAAAUAAUAGACCAGUUAUCAUGCUAUAUGACCCAACGGGGUGUAACCGCCGCUCUCCGGAAUCGUAUACUGCAGUUCUAUCAUUUUCUUUACCAAAAGGAGUUUUUCAAGGAGAAAGCCGUAGCAGCUGUACUUCCAGCAAGGCUGAAAGACGAAGUAAACGUACACAUGUGCUAUUGGUUGAUCAAAAAUGUCCAUAUAUUUGAGGGUCUAUCUCAAUCUGAAGUAAGCGAAGUUGUGUCUCGUCUCAGACCUCAAAUAUAUCUGCCCAAAGACCGCAUCAUUACUGCACGUCGGAAGGCAGAUGGUAUGUUUUUCAUUUCUAGUGGAACGGUUGCGGUGUACACGCAUUCAGGAAAAGAGUUAUGUCAUUUACACGAUGGACACUACUUCGGAGAAAUAGGAAUGCUAAAGAAUUCCAACAGAUAUGCUGCAACCGUGGUCGCGAUAGAGAUAACGAAGGUUUAUAUGCUGCCCAAAAGAGAUUUUCAUAGCAUUCUUUUGGAAAAUGAAGUUGUAUCGAGCAAAAUCGCGAAGAAGGCCGAGAAACUAGCAAAGAUGAUCAAGGUCGAAGAGGAUAAAUAUAAAAAAAUGCGGUUUGAAGAGGCUUAUAAAGCAAAGGGUGAUCAGCAUAGUUAAUAUUUCAGUUUAACUACCAGCUAAUUCUGGGUAAAAUAACCAGAAGCGGCGCCACUCUUGUAGAGGAUUGCACUACUCACUCACUCUCUGGAGAGCAAAAAUAAUGUUUGAAUUAUUUCUAUCUAUAUUUGCUUACCACUGGC